CGUCUAACCUUGGGCAAAAUGAAAGAAAUGUACCACAUGAAGCGUGGCCAUAUGCCAAAAUCCAGCCCAUCUCGUCUUGACGCUAUCCCUCCUGGCUCGGUCAUAUCGCACAGGUCUACCGGCCGGCUCGCACACAUCUGUAUGUAUGUAGUUGUGUGUGUGUGUGUGUGUGUACAUACAGAGCCCGUCUUCUGGCUUGGUCGGCAUAACAGCCGGGUCUUCAGUGAGUCACCUCGCGCACGGGGGGCCGGGGGUCUUGGCCUCGACGAUCCCGAAGCUUCGGCCUCUGUCUCCGGUCCUCGUAGCUGUUGCUGCCUCUCUCGCUCCUUAUCGGGGCACAGGCAGUUGUGGCACAACCUCUCGGUCGGUGCUGGUGCAAGCGAGGUUCCGGUACCCGUUGGACUGACUCACUGCCAGAGGCACUUUCGGCCACUUUUCGAGGCAUCCCGUCUCUUUGGCCAACCUGACCAAUCGCUCAGAUCUGGCACCUCCACCACCCGGUUCAGUUAUCUUUUCCUCCUCCACUUGGUGUACUACCUAAUUCCACCUAUUUUGGCCACAUCCUUCCAGUCCCUCGGUCCGUCUCGUCCACAUGAACACAAACUGAUUCAGCGAUACUACGCUCAUCAAUUUUAUCUCUCCUCUUUGCCAGGUCAAGUAUCAACUCACCUGACUCUGCUUUUGUUGGAUCAACUUCAACACAUUCUCCGUCCUGUUGUAGUCCUUCGCGCUGCUGUCCGUGAACACGUAGAUCAGACUGUUGGGCCUUGA